AGCUAACCUCUUACCAAACCCUUUCACGUUCUCAAACUGGCCAGAUUGAAACUACCACUCUGGGGAAGAGAGGCCCAGACCCAGAACUUCCACCUGUGUGAGGCUCUGAGGCUGCUCAUGAAUCCCCGAAAGAAAGUGGACUUGAAGCUUAUCAUCGUUGGCGCUCUUGGUGUGGGAAAGACCUCUCUCCUUCACCAAUAUGUACACAAAACAUUUUUUGAGGAAUACCAGACCACACUGGGUGCCAGCAUCCUCUCCAAAAUUAUCAUACUGGAUGACACAACUUUGAAGCUCCAGAUCUGGGACACAGGUGGUCAAGAGCGGUUCCGCUCCAUGGUAUCAACGUUCUACAAAGGUUCUGAUGGCUGUAUCCUGGCAUUUGAUGUUACUGAUCCAGAGUCCUUUGAAGCCCUCGGUAUCUGGAGGGAUGACGUCCUGGCAAAGAUCAUCCCCAUGGAGGAGUCAUAUCCCAUGGUGGUGCUUGGGAACAAAAUUGAUCUGGAAGACAGGAAGGUGUCCCAGGAGGUGGCCCGUGGAUGGUGUAAAGAGAAGGACAUGCCUUACUUUGAAGUUAGUGCCAAGAAUGACAUCAAUGUGGUACAAGCCUUUGAGGUUCUGGCCAGCCAGGCACUGUUGAGGUACCAAGGCACUAUAGAGAAUCACCUCAUGGACUCUAUCAAGCUCUCGCCAGGCCAACCAAAGAGCAGGUGCUGCUGACUCCUGGACUUUUCCUUCAGACUCCCACCCGCAACUGUGCAGGCCACUCACUCUAAGCUCAACCCCACCAGUUCCUGGCAUGCCCCUACCAAGCCAGGAGGCUGAGGCAUUGCAGCAGGAGGUCACAGGCAAAUGCUGGCCCCAGAGAAGUUGUCACAGGAGUCUCCAUGGCUCAAGCUCUUCUGCCUCCUCUCCCCUGGCAUAGUCCUGCUCACCUCUGCAGACAGGCUGCUCCCUUGAGCCCUGUGGACCUAUGGCUUCAGAUGACGAUGACGGUGUGGCUCUGCUUCCAUCAGCAGCCAGGCCGAGGAGCCAGGAUAUGGACCACUCACUCCUGACAGGCAGAAGCCAACAGGCCUGAGACUUCCUGUCGCUUCUUCCAGGGAGAAGUGAGGAAACAAGACAAAAGCUAGUGCUCCUGCUUCCCAGGUCCUCAAGCAGCUCCCAUAACUGACCAAGCCUCAGUGUGCCCAUCUGCCAGAUAUGCGGUCCCAAAGUCCCCCACACCCCACUGUGGUUUGAGGACCAGAAGAUGCAUCUAAGCCCCACAUGCAGCUGCAGGCACACACGUUUACUCCUUCAGCAAGGGUUUUUGAUGCCGUCUCUGUACAUUGCUCUGAGGACACUGGUAACACCUGUCCUUAUCUCCCAAAAGACAUCUGGAGAAAGAGAGGCAGCGGGCACGGAACAGGACAGAUGACCGCAAUGAGGUGCUGUUUUAGACAAAGGAGUGCAAGGGGGGGCUUUCCUGUGGAGGUGACAGUUGGGCUCACAGCUAAGGAUGAGCUAUAGGAAGAGCAUGUCAGGAGAGGGAACAGCGAGGCCAAGGCCUGGGGCGAUGGACAGGAAAUCCCGCCUCCAGAGGGCACCGUGAUGAUUUGGUGACUGACCACCAGGGGGCAGCCGUGUCCUCUGCUUCCGGGCUGUGGCCUUUGUUCUGAGGACACUUCAAAAGCUGGUUGUUUCUGUUAAGUACACAGUUGAGGCUUGUUUCCAGGCUCCAGGAAUGUUGAGCUGGGUUGUUGGGUAAGAAUUCAAGUGUCCUGGGUAAAAAACGUCAGGAUCCUUGAUUCAGGCGACAAAGCAAAACCUGUCUGAAGGAGGUGGACAGGAUGAACUUUCAGGGUCUUCCGUGGUCAGGUUCAUGCCUCAUGCCUACUGCAGACAUUCCCUGUCUCCACAAGAGUCUCCUUUCCUGAGUCCUAAGCAGAUCUGAGGUGUUAAUCUGAUCCUAUAGGAAGAAGCACCUGACUAGAAAGAUUCCCUGAGAGGCAGAUGAUCAAGGCACUAAACAGGGGACUGGAGGACCCUGUCUGCCCCCCAGCCUAGCUCUGAAGUAGAAAGCAAACCACCAUGGGCAGUAGUCAACCAUGGGCAGCAGCCACAGGAACAGAGUGCACCCCGGCACACCACUGUCUGUGUUCUUCAGAGAUGAACGCAAUGCCCCCAUCUCUCUCUCUCUCUCUCUCUCUCUCUCUCUCUCUCUCUCUCAC